AUGGCUCGUUACGACCCCUUUUCCCCAACCUUUGAUCACCCGCUUCUUAAUUCGAGCCCGGACUACGGCUCGCGAAAUGGCUCAUUCAGAAAUCGUCCUGUUGGCGACAUUGGCGUCGUCCCCUCCCAGAUGUCUUUUCGAGAGCGUACGAAACGUCUCAGAAGCCUUGAAGAUGACAAAAACCAGUUGAUUGAGGAUCUCUUGUUUCAACUCGAAGCCACCCAGAAUCAACUUGACCGACUACAAAUUGACCACAGCAGUCAGGCUCAAUAUAACAGAGAAGGCCAAAUACGUGAGUCUGCUCUACGCGAGCAAUUGGUUCAGGUCAAGACAAUAAUGGAUCGAAGCCCCUAUAUCAUGGUUCUCCUUGACGGAGAAGGUUUGGUAUUCACCAAAGACCUGUUGUCAAAAGGUGAAAACGGAGGCAAAGAGGCUGCGAUCAGUAUUUCUGCUGCAGUCAGAGACUUUGUUGCCCAACAUCUGCAUCACCUGGACUCUCCUAGGAUUGUCACCCGAAUAUACGCCAAUAGCAAGUCACUAUCUGAGACUCUGGCCAAAUUGAAAAUUAUCGAGCGCCCUACAUCGUUUGACGACUUUGUCCGCGGAUUGAAUAGUAGUGAGCUCUCAUGUGAUUUUGUGGAUGCCGGGAGUCGGACGAAAGAAAAAGUCAGUGAACAAUUCAACACACAUCUUUACAAUUGUCACUGUCAUCAGAUUAUACUCGGAUGCUCCAACGACAAUCAGUAUGCGACACUGCUCGAGCAAACGGCAAGGGAUGCUACGGUCUUGAACCACAUAACGCUCGUGGAGAGUGUACCAUUUGAGAAGGAUAUUCUUGCAGUAAAGGACCACUUUAAGAUCACGAAGCUGGAAAAUGUGUUCCGGACCACAAAGUUAAGCCCUUCAUCAGCGCCAAAAGGCCCAUUACACGCGGUCACUGCGACUCUACCCGCACUUUCUCGAGUUGAAUCCAAUGGGACCACAGGGACGACUUCAAGUUCGAGUACUCCAGCUAUCACCUGGGCGACGAUGACGGCCCAGCCGUUUGUCCCUUCAGCUCCGGCGUCAAAAGCAAGCACGACACGGACUUCGACUCCAACGUCGAUGAAGAGCCCUGAGGCCGUAGUCUCCAAACCGGUGGCCAAGAAUCUCGACCGGAAUCGUCUAGGCCAGCGGGUUGAUAAAGUCGACUCGUCCAUCCCCAACCAUGAGAUCCAACGGAUCAAGAAACUCAAGUUGUGCAAUAUCUACUACCUCCAGGGUCCCUCCUAUUGCACGUCAAGCAACUGCUCCCAUUCACACACCUAUCCAUUAUCCAAAGGCGAGCGUAACGUCUUGCGCGAAGUCGCCCGCAUGACUCCAUGCUAUUACAAACUGGAUUGUUCCGAUCCCGAAUGUAUCUAUGGACAUCGGUGUCCGCAGAACAAGCCUGACGAUGCGGGUUGCUGGUAUGGUGAAGACUGCCGUUUUUAUGGCUGGGGUCAUGGAAUCGAUACCCGGGUGGUCAAGACGACAAAGGUGUGA